ACUGCCACCCCCUCCCUCCUUCUCUCUUUACAAAUGUUACAACACAAUCAGAAAUUGCCUCUUUUCUUUCCUUCCUGCAUUUCCAGCAGGUUCCCUUGCGUCAGAAGCCGAGGAAGAAAACUCAAGGUUUUUUCACCAUGAGUCGGAGGAGGAUAUCGUGUAAAGAUCUGGGCCACGCUGACUGCCAGGGUUGGCUGUACAAGAAAAAGGAAAAGGGAACUUUUCUAAGCAACAAAUGGAAAAAGUUCUGGGUGGUGCUGAAGGGGUCGUCGCUGUACUGGUACAGCAACCAAAUGGCAGAGAAAGCUGAUGGAUUUGUCAACCUGCCAGAUUUCACAGUGGAAAGAGCCUCUGAAUGCAAGAAAAAACAUGCAUUUAAGAUCAACCACCCAGAGAUCAAAGCCUUCUACUUUGCAGCAGAGAAUUUACAGGAAAUGAACAUGUGGUUAAGCAAACUUGGAUUUGCAGUAAUCCACCAGGAGUCCACUACAAAGGAUGAAGAAUGUUACAGUGAGAGUGAGCAGGAAGAUCCUGAAACAGCCUCAGAGACGCCACCCCCUCCGUAUGCUUCCGCAACUUCCUCUCCUGUGGUACGUGUAGAUGUUGCGCGGCGGGCGUCGUCUUCUUCACCUAAACUGAGAGACUCCUCGUGCUCUUUCUCCUCUCUGGAGACUGCAGGAAAGGCAUCCAGCCGGGUUUCUUCCUCAGGAUCUAAGGAAAGACAGUCCUGGCUCGACAUAGUCAACAAUGCGCCUGCUGCUGAAGAUGUGGGACAUCCCCUGACACUCACUGUACAGGUUCACACACCUUCAGAGGCAAGCAAUUGCCCGGCCCCAGAAAACAGCUCCGUCACUUCAGAAAGUGGUUUUUUGAACUCUUUAUCUAGUGAUGACACGUCUUCCUUGAACAACAAUCAAAACCAUCUGACAGUUCCAGACAGAGCUGCCGGCUCGAGGAUGGUGGACAGAGAAGAAACAAAAGUGUCUGAAGAUGAUGAGAUGGAGAAACUCUAUAAAUCGUUGGAGCAAGCUAGCCUGUCUCCUCUUGGGGACCGACGGCCUUCAACCAAGAAGGAACUGAGAAAGUCUUUUGUCAAGCGGUGCAAAAACCCAUCCGUAAAUGAGAAGCUCCACAAGAUCAGAACCUUGAAUAGCACAUUAAAGUGCAAAGAACAUGAUCUGGCCAUGAUUAACCAACUGCUGGAUGAUCCAAAGCUGACAGCCAGGAAGUACAGGGAGUGGAAGGUCAUGAACACACUGCUGAUCCAGGACAUCUAUCACCAGCAGCAGGUACCUCAGGACCCUGAAGACACCCCCCAGGAACUCAAGAACCCCAGCUCUUCUGACUGUGUUGAAAAGUCUCUUUGAGCAGAAGACAGGACUGCUUCCUUCCUUGUUCCUGUGCCAUUCUACAAGACACUGCCAGGGCAGACAUUUUGCUUACAAGGAAACCCCAAACCCAGUUCCUGAGGCAUCCUCCCUCUCUUCUGAGGAUGCGACCAGGGUGAAGCCAGUUCUGAAGCAGUGGGAGUCCUGGCUUCCGUGUGUUGCAUCCAUCGAUAUUGGAGUUACGGAGUUCAUCUGAGCAGGCGUAUCUUCUGUGCUCCUUCUGGGAGCUGCUAGGAACAAAUGGCUCUAGGGGAGAUGUGGAAGGGGUAACCCCUCUUUUGCUUUCAAGAGAAUUGCAACCUACCAUAAAUAAGAGGCCCGAUUUUACUAUGGAUAAUAACUCAUAGGGACAUUCCGUUUACAAAGAAACGUGGAGGACCCCCUUUGGUGGGCAGCAAAAUUUGAGUGGAGGGGUCUCUUCCGCAGUAGCUGCUGGAACUGGACAUGUGUUGGCAUUUGUGGAACACAAGGCUCUUCUUACCUUUGGUACAGAGAGCAGUGCCUUUUCGAUUUGUUGAGUGCUUAUUUGAAGAGUAUGGCCUGGUGGGGUGGAGAGUGUGGAGCCCAUAGAGAAAGCAAGCUUUCUGUUCCACUCAGAGGACAAUUUCAAAUGUUCAUACUUUGCCUAGGGUGUGUGUGUGGGAUCUGAUUAAGGUGUCCCUUUCUCCCAAAGUCUAGGAGACAGACCAUCACAAGACAUUUGGAGACCUUUGUCCUUCACCCCCAGCUUCUUGGAACAGUGGCAGGAGACUGUAAUACUCACUGCCAGGAAUGUUAUACUGUGUUCAUCCCAGGCUGUGGUAUGAAUUUAUAUCCAGCUUUCCUGGGAUCCAAAUUUGCAAGAUUAUUUCUGAAUUGUCCUGAACUUGGAAAAGAACUUAGACCCACAAAACAACAAGACAGUUAAGCAGGAUUGCUUUAUUUUUGUAAGGUUUUGUGUCAUAUAGUGUGAGAUGUGAAUAGCUAUCUAUGUUUCUUAUUUAAAUAUAUUUAUAGAAGUGCAAGUCAUAGUGUUUUAAAAGACUACUAUUAUGUGUUGUUCAAUAUAUAUAUAUAUAUAUAUAUUCAAGAGGCAUAUCGUUUUUGCUUGAGAAAAAUAGGCAUACUAGUGACUUACUGAAGUUGUGUUGCACUUUGAUUCGUGAGGAAUGCUCAGGAAAUCUCAUGAGAAAACUAUGGGAGCAUGUAUUGAUAUUCAUUUCUGAAUAAUGAAUAUCAUUUUCUGAAUGCUUUCUUUCUAUUACUGUCCCCCCAGCCAGCUCCAGAGCUCUUAAAUUUCAAUGUUUCUUACACAUCAUUUUCUUAACUUGCACCUUAGACUAGCUCAUCUCCUCAUAACGUUCAAGUUUUAUGACAUUUAUGCCAUACAUUGCAGACACAAAGGAACAUAUCUCAUGAAAUCUUGACCCACAUGAAAUAUAAGCAAUACAAUUACCAACUAAAUAUUAAUAGAAAUCAAGGUUUGUUGUUAAAGAAAUCUCAUGGAGGAACAAUUUAUUAGUCACAAUGACAUCUUCUCAUAAAAAUAACCAUUAUUUGAGUCCAGAUAUAAAAUAAAUAAAUAAAUUACAUAACGUAACCACAGUUCACUAAGAACCCAUCUAAGUCUCACCUGCCCUUUGCAAAUUGUUGACAAACAUAUUACUAUCAUAGCACCAAAUGUGGCUUGACAGAUUCAAACAGAAGUGGUCACCCAAUCUAUAUCCACAAAUUAAAUGUAAAGAAUCAUUUCAUAUUUCCCUGUAAAUUAUCAAGACUUUUUGUAUACCAGAAUGAAAAAAAUAAUCCUUGCCUCAAGGAAGGAAAAGUUAAUCAAGAAGCAAAGAAGAGCUAGAAGAUUCUCUAAGUUGUGAGACAAAGUCUCAGGAUGAGAUGGAAAAGGACACCCUGGGUCCUCCACCUGGAUAAUGUACAGAGAGGCCAAUGCCUCAACCUUAGGGCACCACUGCUAAUUCUUCCUGUGGCUAGCAGCUGUUAGGAGGGCAGUGCUUUGGGACUUGCAGUGUGUGGAGUCAUCGAAGAAAAGCAAAUGGAGCAAAUGUUAACCUGGGAAAAAUAUUCAUCCACGCCUUCUAUUUACAACAUUAAUCUAC